GUCAAGCACCAUGGCUGAACCGCUAACCAGAGACAUCCUGCUUUGGUGUGUGUUAUUUGCACUUGGAUUGCACGAUUUUCUCACAAAUUUUGAGGAAAAUGGUUGUGAGAUGACGUAUAUGUUCCAGUACCCGCAAUAUACGAAAAUCAACCUCAAAAAGAAUGUUAAAGAAAAAUUCCCGAGAUAUGAUUUGUACAUAUAUGGCGAAGGUGAAUAUGCAGUGAAACUAAGGAGUCUGAAGUUGACUGGAAUCCCAGUGCUGUUCAUUCCUGGCAAUGCUGGCAGCUAUAAACAAGUGAGGUCCUUGGCAUCAGUUGCAUUGCAGAAGUCCAACACUAGGAAAGACAACAUCCACUUCAACUACUUCUCAGUUGAUUUAAAUGAGGAAAUGUCUGGAAUAUAUGGGGGAGUUCUUCAAGACCAAACAGAAUUUGUUCACGAAUGUAUAAAGGCCAUACUGAAACUGUACAAGUCCUCAACUCAUAUACCUGAUAGUGUUGUUGUAGUGGGCCAUUCUAUGGGAGGAAUGGUCGCCAGAGGUUUGUUUACUCUACCUGGCUUUGAUCCCAAACUGGUUCAUUUGAUCAUCACCCAGGCAACGCCACAUAGGAGCCCAGUGAUAGAUAUAGAUAUACGCCAGAGUGAGUUUUAUGACAGAGUGAAUGGAUACUGGCGGGAUAAUAUGAAUGGCAGUUUGAAGGAUGUGACAGUCUUCUCCACUGGGGGUGGAUACAGGGAUAUCCUAGUCAGGAAUAGACUCACUAGUUUAGAUGGAAUUAUUCCAGAGGAAAGGAGCAUCAGUUCCCAGACCAUGUCAGUGCCUAAAGCCUGGGUGUCAACAGAUCAUCUGUGCAUUGUGUGGUGCAAGCAGACGGUAUUGGUCACCAAGAGAGCCAUGUUUGAUGUCAUUGAUACCAAGAAAAGACAGAUAACCAGAGAUGUUGACCACAAGGUGGCAGUGUUUAGGCACCAUUUUGUGCACCACUCUGGCACCAAGAAGAGCCCUGGUGUGGCCACUGCUGCCAGCACCACAGUCAAACUGAAUACAAAGACCAAGUGGGAGGUCAAGAAGCAGAAAUCCUGGAACUUUUUCAGGGAUAUUAGCAAGUCAACCAGAUAUCUAGUUGUUCCUGUUCAGAAAGGAAAAUCAUUUGUAGCUGUCAGUAAUGUGGAUUUGGAAGACUGGAUUAUUGGUUGUACAGCAGAUGCAAAUGGCAGUUGUUCUGAAGGCAUCAGCCUGGCAUCAAAGGGUUCAUUGAUUCCACCCAUGAAAUCGGGGAAGAAGAUGAUAUUACUGAAACCAGAAAAUAUUGAAGGGUUUUCUCACCUGAUAUUGGUAGUACCAAAAGACCAGACAUUGGCUGAAAUAACUGCAGAAUUGUACAACCCUGAAGAAAGAAACAUUGCAUUCGAGCCACCGCCAUUUUUCCAAAGAGUACUCAAAUUGCUAAAAGGUUUUCCAAAAAGCAUUAUGGAAUCUGAACCGUUUUUGGAGUCUACGACCCCAGGAGCUGUGUUUUAUAAUGUCAGUCUCCCCAGUCUCUCUAUGGUAUGGCAGGCUUACGCUGCACAACUUCUGACCAUCAACUGUGAGAAGACAGAGUCAGGUAAUUUUAGGAGUAAUUUAAUGAUGUACAAUGAACCCUGGAGCCAGGAAAGAACAUAUGCAUUUAGCAGCCUUGGGCAGACAGGAAAUCUCUCCUUGAAGUUGCAUGCUGGGAUGCCAGACGAUUCCAGGGAUGCUGCAGAGUUCUACAUCUUGUUACACCCAGGGUGUACUUAUAAAGUACAGAUAGCUGUGGCUUACAAGGAAUUAUUUGGCCAGUAUGUGCGUUUCUAUGCCCUGCUCCUCCCAUCAUACAUUGUGGCAAAUAUUUUGAUGGCCUUGCUAUAUCAACUCAAGUGCCUUGGUAAACCAGAUGGAGAUUGUCCUACAUUCCUGUAUGCAUUGGGAACAUAUGGACAGUCAUGGAGAGUAGUGCUUAUAGCAGGCAUACUGGCCAGAAUAGCUAGAAUUACAUCAGUGUAUGAGCAGCUGGUCGGCCUGGGUAUUCCUGACAAUGACCAUAGAUCUCUUGACCAGAAGGACAUCUCCUGGCACACUCUCCAUGGACCUGUCCUGUAUCUUCUCGCGACGGCCAUUGUGGUGGUCAAUGUCUGGGUCAUCACAGCCACCAUUGCUGUCAUAAGCAGGAUAACAGAACUCGUGCUUAGGAUUUUUAGACCAGUUAUAUAUUUGAGCUUCCUCAAGUACCCAGCACUGUUGGGUGCUGCCUAUGCCGCUUACUUCCACUGUGGUGCUUUGGGUCUUCAGAUACUGUAUAUGAUUGCUCUUAUUAAGGUGCUUUACUAUUCCAUUGAGAGCCGCGUGUCAGAUGAUCGAGAAGGUGCCACAAGACAAUACAAUCUCCAUUUUAGUCUUCUGCUAGUCUGGAUGGUUCUUUAUAUUUUAAAUUCUCCAGCAUUUAUAGUUUGGGUAAAAAAUUUGCCAUAUACCAACAAGUUGAUGCAUGAUCCUUCUAGUCUCACAGCACUUGCUGCUACUGGGGUGAUGUUUAUGAUAGAUUUAGGGAAUCACACUUCUUUGAAUAGGUCCAUAUACAAGUGGGUUUCCUCUGUGAUGCACUUGCUUACGGUGAUCAUGCUAAUGUAUGCUGUGGAGUCCAUCUAUAGAAUUCCAUACUUCAUUGUGAUAAUGCUAGGAUUGCUGGGACUGGCUCAGGUGGUUCAACAGGGAGUACUGCCAGUUCAACAUAAACAGAAGGCAGACUGAUGAACAGGACUUUCACGUUUAAUUAGCUCCAAGAUCAAGUAGCAAACUUCCAUAAAUCAUUAUAUAUUUGUUAAUUUUUAUUCAUAAUCAUAUGGUGUGCUACAAAUCAUGUUUAGUUUUCUGUUGGCUUAUCAAAACAAAAGCAUUGUAACAGUUAAAGAAAUUAAGUAGUACAUGUUGUAAUCAGAUAUUGUCUCCAUCAGCAAUUUAAAUUUUGGACACAUUGAUAUUAAAUUAAUUUGGACCAUGGAAUUUGAAUUAUAAUGUAGUAUAAUAUUAAUAAUAUCUAAAAAAUAGUUUAAACAUGAUUUUGAUAUUUUCUUAUAACCAUCUUUUUGUCAUAUCUGAGCACCAGCUUCUAUGUUCAGUACAGAAUAAUUGUUUGCCAGAGAAUAUGAGACAAUUGUGACCAUUAUAUUUCCUCUAGUACAAUUCAGUGACCACAUUUUGUACUGGUUCAAGAUAAAAUUCAUUGAAAUACAUUUUAUACAAA